CGAGAAGGGGCGGUCCAUUACAUAAGGCUAAUUAUAACAGCACACUUGGUUGCUCCGGAACAUGAGACUUGCUUGAGUGCUCUGGCCCCGCUCCGGUAGUGGGGUGGUUUUCGCAGCCGCGAUGGCUGGGAGUCCCAGGCCGAGCUCGGCGAUUACCUGCCUGAUUCUGCUGCUGUUGGAGAGUACAGCGGCCAAAAAAUACUGCUGGUAUGUGGAUGCAGGAUAUCCCACCUAUUUUAUCUGUCGUGCAUAUGAAGAUUGCUGUGGUACUAGAUGCUGCAUGCGAGCAUUCUCUAUCCAACGAUUAUGGUAUUUUUGGUUUCUUUUAAUGAUGGGGGUCCUAUUUUGUUGUGGAGCUGGUUUCUUCAUUCGGAGAAGACUGCAUCCUCCUCAAAUGACCGAUGACCCUCCUUUUACAGUCGGUUUCACCAGGCAACCUGUUAACACAACUGGUUGUCAGACUACAGGAAAUACUCAGAGUGGAAUGCAAUAUUAUACAGAACCUGGAGCACCUGUUGUUAAUCCCAUGGCCUCAACUUUCCAAAUCCAGCCAAAUUUUCCUCUCCUCAACCCAGCCUACCCACCCCCACCAGCAUAUUGCAAUCAGCCACCCCCUCCCUAUGAGCAAGUUGUAAAAACCACAAAUAAGCAAUCAGAGAGAUAAACAUUUGAUUUCAGCAAACAUCACAGUUGCCGAUUUUUACCUUUUUAUAGACAGUCUGGAGAGCUGCAAAUCUUCAGUGAUAUAUGCUUGACCUCAGUACACCCUAGGAGUUGCAUUUAGCUCUGCUUUUGAUGAGUUAAUAUAUUGUAGUGACUUAAGCAUGAAUGAUCAGGAAUUUAAAGAAAAUAACAUGUUUUAUUUGAAAACUUAAAAUUUAAAUUAGGAUUUUGGAAGAAACUGUGCAUCAGAUUCUGCAGAGAUGUCUAAAAUGCUUUUCCCGUUGAUGGUUAUGAGUAAACUGUCUUCCUUUUAAAUAUUUGACAGUUUUUGAUUUGAUUAAAAUAGAAGAAAAAUCAUUCUCAGUUUAACUGGACUUGUUAAUCAGCAUACUGGUUAGCUAAGCUGAAGACAUUUAAUUUUUAUGAUACAUGUUGUUAACUGCUAAAGUCAUUGAAAAUAGAUUGAAAUGUUUUAUGGAUUAACAUUUCAUUUUAGUCUUUACAGUGCCUUUUAAAAGUAUUUAGUUCCCAAACCUUUGUUCACAUAAAUGAGUAUUGCAACUAGGGAUUUUGAUCAAUUUAACUGAAUUUUUAUUUGUGAAUUACAUACCCCCUUUUCACAGUCAAGCCCAAAAGACAGGGAAAAUUGUAAAGCAUGAAAAGCAAAAAAUUCAAAAAAGUGAAAUGUCAACAGUUCAAAAGUAUUCAUCCCUCCUUACCAUGUAAUUAGAACCACCUCUCACAGAUAUUGCAGCCAAUAUUCUUGGUGCAAAGCUAAUAGAGACUUAUCCUAAAUGUGAUGGAGCAAGAUUUUUUCCGUACAAAAUUGCUCAGGCUGUGCCAGGUUAGUUGGUGGGCAGUAGUGGAUCGCGAUCUUGAGGUCUUGCCAGAGGUGUUUGAUCGGGUUAAGGUUACAACUCUUCGCCACUCAAGGACAUCAAUUUUCUUCAUUUGAAGCCACUCUAUGGUUACUCUGGCAGUGCACUUUGGGUUGUAAUCCUGUUGAAUGACUAACUUCCUCCCCAGUUAAAUGCUUUCUAGCAGAGGCCAGCAGGUUUUUAUCCAGGAUCUCUCUGUACUUGGCAUUCAUCUUCCAGUCAGAUUUCCAGUCCUCCUGCUCAAAAACAUCCUCAUAGCAUGAUGCUACAUCCACCAUACUGUACAGUUGGUAUGGUGUUAUCUGGCUUAUCCACUUUAGUCUCAUCUGACCACACGAACUUCUUCCACAUUUUAACAGAAUCUUCUAAGUCUUGCUUUGUGGGCAAGUGAAGUCUUUAUAGGCAAGUUUGUAUUUUUUUGGAGCCAGAGCUUCUUCCUUGCCAUUCUUCCAUAAACGCCCUAUUUGUGCAAGGCCUUGGAGAUUGUGGAGUCAUGAACUUUAUCCCCAGUUGCAGCCACUGACAUCUGCACCUCAUUCAGUGACUGUGCCAUUUCUUACAAGUGCCAUUUUUCUCCAGCAGCUAAGAUUAGAGGGGUGGCCUGACCUUGGUAGUGUGUGGUUUCAAGAUGAACUGAACUGAAUUCCAAGAUACAUUCAGUGCUUUUGAGAUGGUCUUGUACUCUACCAGACUUGUGCUUCUCUGUAAUCAUUUUCCUGACUUGUCUUGAAUGCAUGUUAGUCUUUAUUGUGGUUUGUGCUGUGAAAAAUCUACCAUUCUGUUGGACUUCGCUGAGAGAGGGGGUUAUUUAUUCUUGAAAUUAUUCUUGAAUUAAUUGAAAACAGAUGAUCUUCCUUCCAGUUUUCUACAUCAACAAAUUGGUUGAGUUGGUAAGGUAAUAAUAUACCAUAUUGCACCUGAGGAAAGUUAAUGUAGUAAUUGCGUAGGGGAUGAAUACUUUUUCAGUCUAAAUUUUGGUUUUAAAUUUUUGGUAAAUUGUUGACAAGUUUUGGAAAUUUUGCUUUUGAUUUGACAUGAUGCACAAUGUUUUGUAGAUUAGCUUAAAAUCUUCAGUAUAUUUUAAAUUUAGAAAUUGAGACAGUAAAAUAUGAAAUUAGUUGUGGAGGCUGAAUACUUUUUCAAGGCAUUGUACUUUAAAUAGCACCUUGGAGGCUUUGAAUAAAUUUUUGUAUAAGGAUUUGUCAUGUGAAACACAGGUUUACAGUGGCUAGCUAGAGAUGUUUACUCUAGAAUAUUCCAUAAAUGGAUUAUAUUUAAUGGUGAAUGAAGAAUCAUUUAGUGCUUUGUAAAUUUAGGAAAUUAGACAAAUGGUAUGAGUGAGAAUUCAGUAAUGUUAAUGCUUAUUGUAUUUUUGGUUUUUCAUAGUGAAGUCAGUCUUGUUAAUUUAAAAACCCUUAAAUAAUUUCUCAACGUUAUGGUGUUCAGAAAGAUGCAUGACUGUAUUUGAUUCUGUUUUUUUUUAAAAUCAACUGUUUCAAUUUGUAUAUUUUUCAGUAGCUCUUGAAUUUUUGGAGCCAAGUGCUUGAUCUCUGUAUUCAUGAUGUUCAGUUCUAUCAACUACUUAAAUACUAAGGUAGCAGUUUGUACAGCUCUCAUUCUGAGCACCAAUUUCAUGUGUGAUUUGUCAAUUAAUGGAAUAGAAUUUUUGAUUUAAUAUAAAAAAUCUGUAAAAAAAUAAAUUCAGUUCUGCACUAUGCUAACUGCUAUAUGUAUAUAAGAAAGCAUUUUUAAAAGCAGCAAAUAUUUAUUACCAGUUAUUUUCCCUUUUUAUCAAAGGGCUUAUUAAUUUAGGAGGCAUGAGGUUGUUUAAGAGUAUGUUCUUUCAUGAUUUAGUUUGUAGAAUUGCAAUCUUAUAGCUAACAAAAUGUUAUUUAAUCCCAUGAUUUCAUUGUAACUACAGUAUAUUCUCAUGCACAGCAAUGAAAUUUGACUUCUGAAUAUUUAAAAGAUAUAGUGAACAGUGCGUUAAGUGAUAAGGAAAGAAAAACUUCGGUAGAAAGGGAACCCUUCUAUUUUCAAUCAUUCUUGCUCAAAUGUAGAUUUUUGGAUGAAGAUUGAAUUGGGUUCAGCUGUAAUACUUGCCAUAAUUUAGGUUGCUCACUUUUAAUGAGCUCAAACAUGAGAGAUUUGUUUUUUGUUCUAUACAAUUUCGGCCCAUCCUAUCAAUGUUGGCUAUUUCUCUGUAAUCUAUUAUCUCACCUGCCCAUCAAAUCCAUUAAAGUUCUCCUACUCACCUAUGGAUUUUAAGGAACCAGUUAUCUUCCUAAGUAGGCAAACAACAGGAAUUCUGCAGAUGCUGGAAAUUCAAGCAACACAUAUAAAAGUUGCUGGUGAACGCAGCAGGCCAGGCAGCGUCUCUAGGAAGAGGUGCAGUCGACGUUUCAGGCCGAGACCCUUCGUCAGAACUAACUGAAGGAAGAGUUACUUCCUAAGUAGUAUAUCUUGUGGGAGGAAACCCAAGGAACAGGUGAAGAACAUGUGGUUUUAAGGAAUGGAGAAACUCAGCAGGUCAGGCAGCAUCUAUGGAAAAGGGUAAACCAUCGACGUUUCUGGCUGAUAUCCUUCAUCAGGACUGGAAGGA